GUCUUGGGUCGUUAAUCCAGGGUAGGGUAAUACCCUUAUCAACUGGCGUGGACGAUAGGUGGUGCGAUCACUCUGAAGCGAUCAGGAUAUAUUUCGUCGUGGCUUCAAAUGUCAAAGUGCCAUGGAUCCAAAGGACGAAAAAACAUUGAAUGCUGAAGCAGCUAUCACUGCCCAGGAGUUUGUCAAGAGGUACUAUGAGGUUCUUGACAAUAGAAGACAUACACUGGCCAAGCUGUACCUGGACACAGGCAUGCUUGUGUGGAAUGGCAACAGCGUGGCAGGCAGUGAAGCCAUCCAGACGUUCCUGGAAAAAUUGCCCACUUCUGAGCACAACAUCAGUUGCAUGGAUGCACAUCCCAUUUCAGAUGUGGCAGUGGGGGCGCAGACGACGAUCCUGAUGACGGUGGCCGGCCAGGUACGCCUGAGGAACUCGACGCGUCUCUUUCAGCAGCACUUCAUGCUGACCGCCCAGGACCGCAAGUGGAAGGUGGUCACCGACUGUUUCCGGUUUCAGGAGAUUGUGAAUUGAGUGCUUGCUAACGCCAGUGUCGUGACAGGCGGGACUAAGGGGCACACUGAUCUGCCCCGGAAUGUGGAGUAACAGUCACCACUCAUCGACAGAUGAACCCAGCCAUGUGGUUGCCCAUUGAGCCAGUGGUCUGGCGCCAGCCGUGACGUAGGCCGUGACGUAGUCCGACUGCAUUGCGUCUGUUGUGCUGCCCUGGCCGUGAUCGUGCGAUGCGCCGCUCUUCGCCGGGCGUCAUGCUAUUCGCUUGUGUGUGGCGCCAUCUGGGCCGCCUGUGGCGUCAUCUGGUCAGCCAUUGGCGCCAAGUGGGCAGAGUUAUGCCACAUCGAUGGAUGGUGCGGUGGCGUGCCAUUCGCGUUUGUGCGCGUCAAUGUCAACGUCCGCUCAGAGCCCGUAGCUCUGUAAUGAGAGUCAUGUGGUUAGAUGUCGAGUGGCCCUUACCUUGUCGAGGUGGAAUUCCAUGCCCCAGGUUUUGUUCAUUUUGUAAUAAAAUAAUUUGUUCAGAG